AUGGACACACAAACAGCAAUGCCAGCUUCUGCUGAUCUGGUGAGUGCGUUAAAACGUAAUUCAUGUAUUAUAUAGCCUAUAGGUAGUAUUUUAAAGCAGUUUGAUUAGUUAAGGCAUCUCGCCAAUACGUAAAGCAAUAAAUUAAGUACGAAACUAACUCUAUUUAUACUGGAUAGUUCUAUUAGUUCUAAUCUGUUCUUCGUAGAGGUCCAGUAAGGAUCAUCUCUUGUUGAUCCAGUGUUACUACAGGAGGAAACCUAAACUAAACUACCUUUAUUUAUUUAUUCUGGAUAGCUUUAUCAGUUCUACUCUGUUCUUCCUAUAGAAGUUCAGUAAGGAUCAUCUCUUAUUGAUCCAGUGUUACUACAAGAGGAAACCUAAAUUAAACUAAGUUUAUUUAUACUGGAUACUCUAUCAGUUCUAAACUGUUCUUCCUAGACGUCCAGCAAGGAUCAUCUCUUAUCGAUCCAGUGUUGCUACAGGAGGAAACCUAAAUUAAACUAACUUUACUUACACUGGAUAGCUCUAUCAGUUCUAAACUGUUCUCUCUAGAGGUCCAGUAAUACCCUAGCAAAUCUUCUUGGUAAAUUAAAAUAAGCUAAAAUAGUCAAAUCAAUUGUAACGUAACGUUAAACACUGUUUUAGGUUUCAAUUGGUCUACCAUGGCGUCGGGAGAGUAGCCAGGAAUCAGAAUGUAGUAUUUGCAAACUAGAAAACGGACACUGCUCAACUAACGCCGAACCCUGUAAUAUACCUUUACAUAAAGUAACUAGACACAAUGCCACUGGCCAAGAGGAAAGCGUAUUCAGUAGAAGAUUACAUGAAGAAACUGGACAAAAUGCGGCUGAUCAAGAGGAACGCGUGUUCACCGGUAGACUGACUUUGACUAUGGAGUACAACGCUUCUAAUCAAUUCUUGGUUUUGAAACAAGUUACUGCAGAAGAUUUGUUUCCAUGGGAUUAUAGUAGUAUGUCAAAGACAUUUGUGACAAUAGAGUCCCAAGUAGGGAUAACACACGAUAAACAGAACAGUGAGGUACAAAUAGGGGUACAUAGGGUAUCUUAUGAACAUAACUUUGAGUUUAAUGUGUGCGACACUGACCUUGACCAGACUCAGUUUGUCCUGACCGUGCUGCAGCACGAGGAAUCAGGUGACGAGAAUUUGAUUGGAGAAUGUAUGGUCGCCAUGGAGACGGUAAAGAUCACGUCAGCUCCUGGCCAGAGUCUUGAAGUAUCUGAGAAAUUAUUCAAACAAUUGGUGAGUGGAAAAUUUAGUAAAACUGAUAAAGUUAGUUUAGUUUAGGUUUCCUCCUGUGGUCUCACUGGAUCAAUAAGAGAUGACCCUUACUGGACCUCUAGGAAGAACAGUUUAGAACUGAUAGAGCUAUCCAGUAUAAAUAAAGUUAGUUUAGUUUAAGUUUCCUCCUGUAGUAACACUGGAUCAAUAAGAGAUGAUCCUUACUGGACCUCUAGGAAAAACAGUUUAGAACUGAUUGAGCUAUCCAGUAUAAACUAUAAAUAAAGUUAGUUUAAUUUAGGUUUUCUUCUGUACGUAGUAACACUGAAUGAAUAAGAAAUUAUCCUUACUGGACCUCCAGGGAGAACAGUUUAUAACAGACAGAGCUAUCCGGUAUAAAUAAAGUUAGUUUAGGUUUCCUCCUGUAGUAGCAAUAGGGAAUGAUGACAUUUACUGGACCUGUGAUGGGAGAAGAGUUCGGGACUGAUAGAGAUACAUCCAGUAUAAACAAAGUCAGUUCAUAUAAGUAAACUGUAUAAACCAACGAAUUCAUAUGUCAUAUGCACAAACUCUUUAGCCGUUCCAGACAUACUCUAUAUUUAAGCCUUUCAACGUAUAAACCCUGGGUACAUAAACAACAUCGAAAUAAAAUACCUCACUUGUGGUUAGAUCUCGGUAGCUGAGUUGGUUAGAGCGCUGCACCGGAAUCGCAGGCAGUGGCGGAAAUUCAAUUUUUCUGGUGGGGGGGGGGGGGGAAAGCCUCCUAAAUUUCCGACAAAACUUUGAAAUUUCCGACGUAUCCACCAUUUGCACUCGAAAAGACUGUUUUAGCCCUCUUUUAGAUCAAAAUUUCCGAAAAUUCGUCAAUUUCCCGGAAGGUGGAGGGGGCGGCCGCCCCCCCCCCUUCCCCCCACCAAGAUUUCCGCCACUGUCAAUAAUAAUAACGUGAUAACAAAAACAAAAAAGAUUGGAUAAGAGAAUAAUAUCGCAUUUGAUGCCUCAAUCUUGCUAAAUGUUUUCACAUGUCAUUUCAUUCUAACUGACACAUAAACUCUGCUGAAUUUUGACAACCAUCUCCAGGCUUGUAACUAAAAUGUCACUUAUUCAUUAACGUACGUUUAUAUCAAACGAGAUCGUAUUAAGAAAUCCACGUUGAUCACAAUCUAACGAUUCAUACAAUUGUGAAUUCAUAGAUACGAGCAAGUAAAAAUAGCAUUCUUUUGUCGUAUGUGUGACUCUAUCGGGUGGUAAUAUGUCUCGCACGUGAUUGUAAGGCCACUCCAAAUUAACUUUAGUUUCCCGUCCUCCGCCCGCGUCUCUUAGAACUGGCCGCAUGAUUUGUCCAUUAUUGCUAACUUGUUUCCAUUAUUUGACUUUUGUGACAAACAAUUACGAAAAACCACCGUUUUCAAAUAAUCUAUCGUUCAAGAAAUACAUAUUUAUGAUACAACACGUAAAAAUCGAAAUAAAAUUCUUUAAACUUUUAUCAAAGACCGUGAAUUUUUUCCCGCUUUCACUACGAACUGCUGAGCGUCAAUAGAACUUUGAACGUUAAAACCGAUAAGGUUGAUAUCCUGGCUUUCAUUUCUGCAUAGAAAAACUCUAAAACAUUGCGUAGAAACGUGACUGAAUGGAUGUUGAAAACGAGUAUCUAUUUCAUGAAAUAAUGGGCCGUGUUUCAUCUUUCAGACACCAUAAUAGUCCAUCACCUAGAAGCCGAAAAUUUGAGUCUAAUACUCAUCUUAGGGGAACAAACGAAACUGAUCGCAUAUGAAAGCUUAGCGUUUUAGCUUUCAAAAAAUGUCUUGGCGGACGUUCAGAACGGUAGCUUUCCUAUAGAAUUUCGACUUUGAAGUGACGUACUUCGAAGCAGUGAACGGCCGCCAUUUUGUCUCUCAGAGAAAAUCCCGCCUAAGAAUAUUCAGACAUAAACAACCCAAAAGGUGUUAAAUAAAGGUCUCACCUCAAAGAAUUGUAGCUGCAUGCUUUAUACAUCUUUUGAUUUACUUAGAACUCUUUAAUUGAUCAUUUCUUUAAGGUUUUCAGAUACUUUCUCACUCCCAUCAAGUAGCGAUUGUAGCGUAGUUUAAUAACUUUAAAGUCUCGUAGUUAUUGUCAACAAUUCCGAAUUGAUUUAAAACUUUGUAAUUAGAAGUGAACAAAUUAUACGGACCAUAUAUAAAACCUUGUCUUUUAAGCUUUCAAAAAUAUCUAAGCAGUUUGUCUGGGUGUUAAUAGCUUUCCAAAAGAAAUUCUACUUUCAACUGUGCAGCAAUUUUUGUCACGCAUUUGUCACACAGAGGAAAACCCGCAUAUUUAUUAGCAAUAUGGAACAAAACUCAAAACAAAAUAAUUUUGUAGUUAGUACACUGUAGAGUUUGUUAAUUAUGGAGGAUACCGAAAAACAUAAAAGUGUUUUUUUUAUUUUCUAGAUAUAG